AUGCAAUCAGGAAGUGGACCUGACGGGGACAAUCCUAUGAGUACUCCAGAAAUCAAUAAGUUUACAAUCGCUGCCAUAGCAAUGGAAGCAACUAAGUUCAGUUACCUGCUGGCCCUGUCUGAACCGAAAUACGUCGAAAACAUCUGGGAUUUGGUAACCAUUGAUGAAAAUAAUGAAUAUUCGCUGUCAAAGGAACGACUCUUAACAGUUUCCAAGGAAAGUGAAGAAUGUAAAAUAAAAAAACUGCUGAGUAGGUUGAAAAUUGACGAUAUGAAACCUAGCCAGUUAUUACGAAAAAUGCGAAACUAUGCUGGUACCAACUUGUCAGAGAACGCUUUAAAAACAUCGUUGCUCAAUAAACUUCCUAGUAAUAGUUGA